AUGUUCUACUUCCACUGCCCCCCGCAGCUAGAGGGCGCGGCUCCCUUCGGAGGUCACUCCGCCGGCGACUUCGACGAUGGCUUCCUGCGGAGGAAGCAGCGCCGCAACCGCACCACCUUCACCUUGCAGCAGCUCGAGGCCCUGGAAGCGGUUUUUGCUCAAACCCACUACCCCGAUGUGUUCACUCGGGAAGAGCUGGCUCUGAAAAUCAACCUCACGGAGGCCAGGGUGCAGGUGUGGUUCCAAAAUCGAAGAGCUAAAUGGAGAAAAACKGAGAGGGGUGCUUCCGACCAAGAGGGCUCUAAGGAAACCAUGGCUGAGGUGGCACCUCCUGCCAGGAAUUUGAAUUCCCCUUCUCCGGCAGAUCAAACCAGGAAUAAAAAGGAGGGUCUGGAGAUGCAGCAGAGCCUGAGCCGAGCAGUGGGUCCUACAGGACCUUUCUUCCCUUCCUGCCUGCCGGGGACUCUUCUCAACACAGCCACGUACGCACAAGCUUUAUCCCAUGUCGCCUCUCUAAAAGGGAGCCCACUGUGCUCGUGCUGCGUUCCGGACCCCAUGGGCCUGUCCUUCCUGCCCACCUACGGCUGCCAAAGCAACCGCACGGCCAGCGUGGCGGCGCUGCGCAUGAAGGCGCGCGAGCACUCGGAGGCCGUGCUGCAGUCGGCCAACCUGCUGCCUGCCGCCAGCAGCAGCCCCGCUCCUCCCGCCACAGCCGGCCCCGAGGGCAGCCCGGACAAGCAGCCCUCUCCAGCCAAGGAGCACAUGGAAGGGGACAAGAGCGUAUGA